UCUCCUCAACCCGGGAUGAGCACCAGCCCGGGAGAGCGAGAUCAAAGGGAUUUGAAACAGCCUGAGGACUGGCGGGGGGAGGGGGCCGGCCAGCUUGUGGAGUCCUCCCGGAGAGGCGGAGGGCUCGGCUUCCUCUGUGACUUCAGCGGCCUGGUUGGUUUUAUUAUUAUUAUUUUCAAAUUUCCGAAUCCAGCCAGAGGGAGAGAGCGAGAGAUCUCGGUAGACUGCGACUUGCUGCCUCUGGCUCCAAGAUGAUGCAGAGCGCGGCUGUCCCCGCGGAGGGGGCUGUCAAGGGGCUCCCGGAGAUGCUCGGUGUGCCGAUGCAACAGAUUCCCCAGUGUGCUGGUUGCAACCAGCACAUCCUGGAUAAGUUCAUCCUGAAGGUCCUGGACAGACACUGGCACAGCUCCUGCCUCAAGUGCGCAGACUGUCAGAUGCAGCUGGCUGACAGAUGCUUCUCCAGGGCCGGGAGCGUCUACUGCAAAGAAGAUUUCUUCAAGCGCUUUGGCACAAAAUGCACAGCCUGCCAGCAGGGCAUCCCCCCGACCCAGGUGGUCCGCAAGGCUCAGGACUUUGUCUACCAUCUGCACUGCUUUGCCUGUAUCAUCUGCAACCGGCAACUGGCCACAGGGGAUGAGUUCUACCUUAUGGAGGAUGGCCGGCUAGUGUGCAAGGAAGACUACGAGACAGCCAAGCAAAACGAUGAUUCGGAGGCUGGAGCCAAGCGGCCACGGACGACCAUCACAGCAAAGCAACUGGAGACACUAAAGAAUGCUUACAAGAACUCUCCAAAGCCUGCCCGGCACGUGAGAGAACAGCUCUCCUCCGAGACAGGCCUGGACAUGAGAGUGGUACAGGUUUGGUUUCAGAACAGAAGGGCCAAGGAGAAAAGGCUGAAGAAGGAUGCAGGGCGGCACCGCUGGGGCCAGUUCUACAAGAGUGUCAAGAGGAGCCGGGGAGGCAGCAAGCAGGAGAAGGAAAGCUCGGCAGAGGACUGUGGGGUUAGUGACAGUGAGCUGAGCUUCAGAGAAGAUCAAAUACUCUCAGAGCUUGGCCACACCAAUAGGAUUUAUGGCAACGUGGGGGACAUUUCAGGCGGACAGUUAAUGAAUGGGAACUUCUCCAUGGAUGGGACAGGACAAUCCUAUCAGGACUUGAGGGAUGGGAGCCCCUAUGGAAUCCCCCAGUCUCCAUCCUCCAUAUCGUCCUUGCCGUCCCAUGCCCCUUUGCUCAAUGGGCUGGAUUACACAGUGGACAGUAAUCUGGGCAUCAUUGCGCAUGCAGGGCAGGGAGUAAGCCAGACACUGAGAGCCAUGGCUGGGGGACCCACCUCUGACCUCUCAACAGGAAGCAGUGUAGGCUACCCUGAUUUUCCAACUAGCCCAGCCUCUUGGCUCGAUGAAAUGGACCAUCCUCCUUUCUAGACUUUCCUCGCCGUCUUACUUGUCCUCCUGGUGUGAGAGAAUGUCUUCAAGGAUCAAAAGUACACCAGUGUGAAUUUCCAUUAUUUUCAAUGGAAGUCCUCGGCCGGCUCCUAGGAGGCGGAGACCACACUAGGAUACUGCUUUCUUGGGAAGAGACAGGAGAGCAGCCUCAUCUCUACCACAGCACAGGGGUGGAUGGCCUAGAACUCUAAGGAUGCUGGCUUGUUGGCUCCCUCCCCUCCCGCCCUGCUUAGACGCUUUGGCUGCUCAGUGCUUGGACAGCACAAGGUGACCUUGACAGGCCACCUUAGCCCUUGGGAACUCUGCUCCAGCUGGUGCAUCUCACACUUGGCCUCCCAAAUCACCCCUCUCACCAGAACCAGGAUUCCUGAGGGAGAGGCACCAUGGCCCUUGAGAAUAAUAAAAUGGUUUCUGGACCACCUUGAUUACACCCUAAUUUUCAAAAUAAAGUCAGUUUAUUAAAGGCUAGUAAAAACACUGAUGGCCACAGUUUGAUAUUAAAAAAAAAAAAAAAA